AUGUCUAGCGCCGCGGUGGGCGAUCGGGAGGGGAGACAGGGCGGGGAGUCGCCGGAGGGGGACAAGGCGACGACGACGAUUGCGGCGAGGUCUUCCAUCGUGGACUCGCUCCGUGGCUGUGGAAUCUCGGGCAUCAGGAUCGACAAGGAGGAACUCAGGCGCAAGAUCUUGAUGCCCGAGUACCUUCGCGUGGCCAUGUCAGAGGCCAUCCGGGCCAAGGACCCUGAUGCUGGCGUCGAGGCGUGGAGGGGUGGCGACCGGCAGGAAGAUCAUGCACCGGAGGCGCCCAUGGUGGUGUUCGUGAACUCCAGGAGCGGCGGAAGGCUUGGGCACGUGCUCAAGGCGAGGCUUCAGGAGUUGAUGGGGGAGGAGCAGGUCAUUCCACUUUCCAGUGCCCUUCCACGGCUUUUUGAGUUGCGUUGUCUUUCUCAGUUUUCUCUAUCUCGUAGGAGCGGCCCCCCCCUCCCCAGUGCCCUUCCACGGCUUUUUGAGUUGGGAGCGCCCCCCCCCCCCUCCUCCCCCCUCCCCCCCUCCAACCCCCCGGAAUCGAAUGCCGAGAUGGAAUUGCAUGUUCGCAUCAUCCUCAACGUGCCGCCUUCAGAAGGGUGCUUCAUUGGCGGGGUUUAGCUCAUAUAGCCCGGACCCAGUUCGUCGUUGCCGGAGGAAGGCGGCCUUCGGAUCGAUUCUUUCGAAGAACUCAUCAGAUCACUCGACGUUUUCUUCUUUGCUGCUUCCAUAUCUCGCCGUUAAUUCCUCAAUCUUAUUAUUUUUCGAGUGUAAAAUCGUCCAGAUUUCGCUGUUCCGCGUGCAAUGCAGGUUUUCGACCUCUCACUCGUGAAGCCUUCUGGCUUUGUUCAACACGGAUUGGCUUGCCUGGAGAGGCUGGCCGAUCUCGGGGACAAUUGCGCAAAGGUGACGCGUGAGAAGCUAAAGAUAAUGGUACGCCAUCAUUCCAGACCCAUCACGCUGAUGCUCUUUUUCUCAGAUUAAUGUGCCUGCUAGACUUGUUGUUCUCCCUCUUGGAUGCGGCAAGACCAAACCCAGCGUCUUCUCAUCUAUCGAAGACAAGGCCCCACCUGGUCCGGAUGGAUUCCUAGAUCCGAGGAUAACUUUUAUGAUUUCCAUACCCGGAUCGUAAAUUUCCUCGAUCAAAUUCACCUCGUUUACAUUGAUCACUGGCUGCAGCGAGGUUCCCUCGUCUUCUGCAGUGGCUGCUUCUUUUCCCACAACGUUAAAAUUACUACAAGCCUCAUGCCAGCUGCUUGCAUCGUGUAACCCUGUGCUUUGAUAAGUUGCGGGUUUUCUUCUCAGGUUGCUGGAGGUGAUGGGACUGUGGGUUGGGUCUUGGGAAGUCUAUCAGAGCUUCAUGCCCAGAGCAGGAAGCCAGUUCCUCCGACUGGAAUCAUUCCACUUGGAACUGGCAACGAUCUUUCAAGGAGCUUUGGCUGGGUGAGAAUCUGUUUGGAGCGCACAUCAACGACGUGAAACGUCAUAUACAUGCCUAUUUACAUCUCUCUGUCGAAUUGAACUUCACAGGGUGGUUCAGUCCCUUUUGGAUGGAAGUCAGCCGUUAAAAGGUCUCUUCAAAGGGCCAUCACUGGGUCAAUCUGUCGUCUUGAUAGGUGAUUGCUUCCUCCUUGUUCAUAUCAGCUAUGGAUUCGGUCUUUCUGCCGAGUACUUCCCAUCCUGAUUAGUUUCACCUCCAUAAUAUGGUAUCUUUGUAGAUGUCACUGUGCAUUUGUUAGCUGUAGUUCCACUCGGAGAGAAAGUUGAAAAGUUGGCAAGAAAAUCUAGUAAUGGUAGCAGACUUCGGCUUCUCAAAUCUUGGCAUUCAAAGACAAGAAUCAUCAAUGUGUGUAUUGUUGAUGGAUGGAUUAAAAUUCCGUUAUCUGACAUGCGAGUUUGGCACAGCAAGGAUGUCCAGGAUAAGCGCACGACCACUGUUUCACAUGUGUGCUCGUACCUGUAGGAUGAGAAAAAAAUGUAGACUUUGUAAUUUUUUUUUGUUAGAAAUGCCUUUAUAAAUGGGAAAAAAACUUGAAAAAAAUUAGAGGGUUAUCGGGAUAAUUUGCCUUUAGCCAUGUGAUUUCGAGUAGAAUGUUCGUGUGAUUUUACAGUGAAAUCGCUGUUAGGGAAAUUCUACAUUUUAGGCCGACCAUUUUCUCGUUCUAAUUUUAGUAUCCACUUUCUAACUAAAUGAUAUGGUUCUGAAACUUAUAAUCUUUAGCACCUACGGAUGAAUGUUGGAAACCAUUGAAGAUUUGUGGUAGAAAGGAGAGGGUAUGUGAGAAAAACUGACAUGUAUUCUUGCUGACCUAGUAGUUGACUAACACAGACACCCGGGGGAGGGUUCCAGAGGUAUGAGUAUCAUCAAAAAGAAUGAUGCCGUACCUGUAACUUUGUACGGUUUUUGAUAAUGAGGCACUUGGACAGUUAUUGGGAAUCUAUCAGGGGUUACUCACUGGUUACUACAAGCACGGCUUUACCCAGGCCCAUGGGUUUGGAACUUGGGACUUCACCUCCCAUUACAAUCUCCCCCGGCUAAUUGUGCUCAGUCCAACUGAUGCAAGGGUUAUACUUUAGUGGAUUUCCUUGUGGGUGUUCUGGAUUGAUGGAAGGGUGUUUUUUCUUAGGUGGAGUAUAUAUUUUCGAACACUUGGAUGCCAUUCAAAGGAUUCAGUUCGAAUGUUACUUGCCAGAUUCAUGAUUACCCUGAACCUACCUAUAGUUUGAUGGGUUAAAAAAUCAUUAAUGUGGUGGAGGUCUAAGGUGAGCGAUUCGUAGGGCAAGAUUUCCAGCUUGAUGUAGUUAUACAUGGUGGGGUGCUGGAAGAGGGAAGAGGCAUUGGGCAAUAAGCAAUCUUGUGAAGUGUUGGGUGGAUAUGAAUGUUCUUUUUGUCUUAAAAAUUAUUUGAAGGAAGUAAUCGCACCACGUCUAUACAAAAAAAUCAGAUGUCCUGGUUAUAGGGCACCUGCUACUGGGCUAUUACUAAGAAUGUCAUAUUGUCUGUGUACAGCUGGAAAAUCGAGGUCACAAUGCCUGCAGGAGAAGAAAAAAUGCAGCUGCCACAUUCUCUUCAAUACAGUGAAGAAUCUACCUUCAGUCUGGUAAUUUACUCAUUUCGUCUUAUUUCUUUCUGUCAUUGUGGAACUUAUUUUUAGAUAAGGGCAAUAGAAGCAAACGUAUUCUAGUUUCACCUAAGCAUGCCUAUUGUAGCAUCCAAUUUACCAUAGUAGAUAAUAGAUUCAGUUUCUUGUGAUUUAUAAUGUUGAUGGGUCAAUUGCUUUUGCAUUCUACUGGUAAAUCCUGCAAAUUCAUCAGGAUGCAGUUCACUUAGAUGUCAUCCUCCUAUGAUGAUGUGGAUACUUUGCCAAUGUUCCGAGCAGUGGAAAGAAUAAAGGACCUGCCUUAUAACCCGCCCUGUAUAAACUUAUCUCUUAUUAUUGAGUCAUUCGGUUAAGUUACUUUGAAUAUGCAUAGGAAAUUCCCCACCAUGUUAUUUUCUCAGAAUGCUUUUGAAAAUACUAAAUAGCCUUUGUAAUUUGUCCCAGACGUAGCAUGUUGGUCCAGCCUUUGUAUACCAUAAAGGACAUGGAGGCUCGUUUCUUUAGAUACCAUAAAGUGCAUUCUAGAGAGUUAGAAACAACAUUUUUUCCAUUUCAAAGUUUCAAGUAUAGUUGAUUUAAGUGUAACAGGUCUCUGUUAAUGGAAGGGCGUAUAUUAAUGAGAGUUGGAUGGUUUCUUUGGAGCUAAGAGGCUAGUUGAAUGAGACAGGGAUGCCUCCAUUUGAUUAGUUUUUAGGAAGGUGAAUCUAGUAAAAAAAUAUGACCGCACAUUAUAUGGCUGAAAAUACUUUGCGAGCUGCGCAUUGACAGAGUGGAAAUCAAGUAAAAAUAUUGGUAUUUUGUCGUAUUUUUCCGCAUGAGAUGAUAAUCACAACGUAGGCAUACAAGGAAUCAAUUGAAACACAUUCACUGUUAUCAUUUUUGUUCCUGUUUCUUUCUGAAUGUUUGUGCCAAACGCUUCGAAAUUUCUGAUUUGUCUUAUCCAAGUGAACCAGGUCACAGUGGAAGAAAAAGUUUGGAGAAAAACAACUCUUAAGAUUUGCAUAAACAGUGAAUUCUAUAAAAAAGGGUCCUCUAUUAUCCUGUUUUAAGGGGUAAUAAUUUUUUGUAUAAUUUAUAGCAAGUCUCUUGCUUUGCAAACUUUUCUAGAUAGUUAUUGUACACAUCAACAAUGUAAGUUUUUCAAUGGAAGCUCUGUAGUGAGUCCCUGAGGCAUCAAGAUUCUAAAUGAUGAGAUUACUAAUAUCUUGAAAGGCUAAGUUUCCAUACCCUUGGAAAAUUAUUGAUAAUUCUAAAUGUAUGUAUGUAUAUAUCUUCUAGCUAUUUGAGCUAAUUAUCUUUAGGGAUAAUGCCAUAGAUUUUUCAUUUUUUCUGUUGUUUAUUAAUGAUUCAAAUAUGAUUGCCCAUUGGUUGGAAGUACUAAAUGCAGUGAUGCCUUUGUAGGAGGAAAAUUUUGACGGCGAAUUGCCUGAUAAAGUCGCUAGCAUUGAUGGAGUGUUAUAUAACUACUUCAGCAUAGGUACGCCAUUCAGACAGUUCUGUUAUUAUUUCAUUGCGCUUAUGUUUCUAUUAUUUCUAAUCCAUCAUGUAUCGAUGUCAUUAUGGUGUUUACACUCAAAAACUACUUAAACUUUGACAAAUUUUUUGGAGGAGCGAAAUUGUUGCAGAUGGAUUUGUGAAUAUGUCAUUUCUCCUUGGGACAAACUUACAAAUCAUAUGUAUUUAGCUCAAUAUUUUAAUGUGUUUUUUCACUAGAUUAAUUUCUGAUUCAUUGACGUCUCUUACUCUCCAAUAAUUAUUUACUUUCUUCAAAACUUUUUUGUAGAUAAGUAGUUCUUAGAUGUUGUCCUUAUGCCAGCCUUAAUACGAUGCAGCUGACGAUCCUUAGAUUGUCUUGGUUGUCCUUGUUACCUCCAAAUUAUUGGGACGUUUUGUCGGUCUGGUUCAGAAGAAGAGAAUGAGGGCGAAAACGACUGCCUAGGAUGGUUUUCCAUCUUCACAUAGCUGCAGCCAUCAUCUUGUCAGCUUGAUUAUUGAUUCGUAAAUUGGCUUCACUUGAAAAGAUGUUUCCUAACUGCUCAGUCUGAUUUACUGUUUUAUUCCUGUUGAGAUUUUUUUUCCUAUGGAACUGUAUCUGUCCCAACUUGACGACCAUCAAAUGGCAGAUACCCAAGACUAAUGUUUUCUGGCUUAACUGAUAAUGAGUACGCCCUGUGGAACACUUUUUUUUUUUCUCUCUUUUAUUCAUAAUUAUGUGCAUAUUCCAUUCCAUUGAUUUCUUGAUGUUGUUUUCUGUUGGAAGUGAUCUUGAUUUUCAUCGUUAGUUUCUGUAAUAUUCUGUUCAUAAUGCUUUCUCACGUCUACAAGUAUUAUUCUUCUUAUCUGAGUAUUAAAACCGUUGGUGCACUAAUAGUUUUUAAUUUUUUCUGUGUUAUAUCGGAAAAUGACUACUUACAGAUCACAUCGUCUCUGGGUCUGUAAAUAUUUAAUUAUCAACCACGUUUGGAGGCGCAUAUUCCUUUUUUAUUUCUGACAGGAAUCCCAGAAUAAUGGCUUGAGAUCGAGGAAAAUAGAGAGAACGCACAAGAAUCUGAGGAAGAACAGACUUAAAUAGAAAAGGGGAAAAGAAGUAGGGGAGGUUUCCGAAGGAACCCUAGAACCACUUCCAAAAAGUGCCCCACAAUGAGGGUCCCCCUUGGCCCACCUAGGACCUUACCUUCCCUCUCCGGGCAGCGGGCCUGGUAAUGGGCCCGGCAGCUUCUGCCCUAACAAUUUCUUAGUAUUAAAUUAUCCUAUCCAUAGGACCCAAAUUUGAUUACUUUAGAUUAUUGAUGCCCAUUAGUUGCUAAUUCCUAUCUCUGGUUCCAUUGGCACAGGAAUGGAUGCUCAGAUUGCUUACGGGUUCCAUCACUUGCGUAAUGAAAAGCCAUACUUGGCUCAGGGUCCUCUUUCAAACAAGGUAUUUCUGCCCUCUCGAGCAUCUGAAGCCUAUUCCUGCGUUUAUGAAGGACAAUGGCUUGGUUCACUGCUUACUUUGUCUGAGAUUGGCAUUUGAUACUCAUCCUCCAUCGUCUUGGUUUUCUUCUGAGAAGGCUGUUUUAUACCUCUCAAAGCCCUAAGCACUUUGUUUUCUUACACUGGAUUUAUCUGCUGGCAAUACAGUUGAUCUACUCUGCAUACACCUGCACACAGGGGUGGUUCCUGACACCUUGCAUUAACAAUCCGAGCUUGAGGUAAAGAGCAUCUUCUCGUAGAUUUUUCUCUUCAUCCCACUUUAUAUUUUUGCCUGAAGAUAUUUCUAGGCCAAAGACAGAUUGUUCGGGUGAUUAUCUGACGGGGGUUUUUGGUUGUAGGUGAAAAAAAUAUAUAACUCUGAAUAUGACCAAAAGAUUUUGAAACUGGUUAAAAGAGUUAGGAAGUGGGCCUGUGCAUUUAGAUUGACGGCUCUGACCGUAAAUUGUCAGAGCAACUGCUCAAUCGGGGUUUAGAUAUAAUAAUUUUUUCGUUAUUUAUUGGUUUAAAGACUGUGCAAUGAUUUUCAGCGUCGUCAACUCUGACUGACAUUUAUCUUGAGCAUCGUCAAUUCAGGGGCUUGAGGAAUAUUUUACGUCUUUUCAUAAAAAGGGUCAACUGCUCAGACUGGGAGGAGAUUCGGAUUCCUUCAAGGUACACGCAUAAACCCUAUUCAUUCCCUUAACUAGCCUCUUAACCUAUCAACAGAACUCUUCAGUUGGCGGGCUAAUGUUUCUUUCCCCUGGAAGGCAUCCAUCGCACAUCUUUUCUCAGAAAUUCUGCAAUGUGUUUUCUGCAGUGUUAGGGCGAUAGUGGCCUUGAAUCUUCACAACUAUGCGAGUGGGAGAAAUCCCUGGGGCCAUCCAAAGCCUGAUUACUUGGAAAAGGUUCCUUUUUUCUUUCUUGAUUUUUCACAGAGGAGCCAUUGAACUAUCGUGCAGAAAUCCCAAGCCCAGUAUUUCGCGAAGGGUAUCAAAGCUCUCAUCUUUCUGUCUUCCCCUCUCACCCAGAAAGGAUUCGUUGAAGCCCAUGUCGACGACGGCCUGAUCGAGAUCUUUGGCCUGAAGCAAGGGUGGCAUGCCUCGUUCGUCAUGGUCGAUCUCAUCUCAGCGAAGCACAUUGCUCAGGUAACAUACCCCACCAUUCUUGCUAUCGUACGAGGAAAUUCUUGUCACGCGGGAGUUCAUCGUCGACAACUGUUUUCCCCAGGCCGCUGCAGUCAGGCUGGAGAUCAGAGGCGGACAGUGGAAGGAGGCCUUCAUGCAGAUGGACGGAGAACCAUGGAAACAGCCCCUGAGCGAGGAGCAUUCAACGUUUGUGGAGAUAAAGAGGGUGCCCCACCACUCGCUGAUGCUAAAUGGGGAUUGA